AUGUGGGGCCUGAUCGGCGACAGCUCUCUCUAUUGCAAGGAGGGCACAAAAAGGCGCUCCAUUAAGGACGGGCUGUGGAGGAGGCUUCCCUUUGUGAGGGAGCUGAAGGUGACGCCCCUGGCCGGCAAAGGCCUGCCGCAGAUCCUGACGGCCCUGAAGGAUGGGCCUCGCUACGCGGUCCUGGGUGUCAGCUACUUCGGCAAUGACCUUGGGCAAGGCAUCUCCAGAUCUUUGGAGAACGCCCUGGAGGAACUGAUGGAAGUGGCCAGCCGGAAGGCUGACAAAGCGGUCUUCUUCAUUGGCGGAUCUGCAAGGAAGUACAAAGAUGCUGGCAUGCAGCUCGACAACCGCUAUGACGAGAGCUUGGCCAUGAUCAGGCGCCGUCUGCGCCACGCGGGCUUCUCUGCCACGUCUGGGCGAAGUGAAGUGGAGCGCUGGCCACUGUGCCAAGACUGCCUCCACUGGGACGUGAGCGCCAGGGAGGACGUGUGCAGCUUCUGGGCGCAACUCCUCACCUCUGCUGCCACUGCGGUGCCGGCCCCACCACAUCCGCCGUCCCGAAGCACGGGCGACAUGCAUCUGGAGCUUGGGGACGAAGUGGAGAUCCAAGGUCUCGUGUCGGCAUCGCAGCACAACGGCAAGCGUGGUGUCAUCGUACAGCGCGUGCUCCCUAAAACUGCUGGAGGUGAGGUUCCUUACCGUUGGCGCGUCAAGUGUUUGGAAGGUGGCAGCGAGCCGCUGUUGCUGGACCUGAAGGAGGGGAACCUGCGCCAGGAUUCAGAUGAGCUGCUGUCCACUUCGGCAGAGCUCAACGAGGACAUCGACAGCUCUGCAAGGCCUGACUCCCCAAGCUCCCGGACACACCGAGGAAACCAUGGGAGCCGGAGCCGUCUCCGCACGAGAAGCGACGUGCAGGAGGUGAUCCGGUUCAUGGAGGGGGAGGAGGAGGACAUGGGCUCUCCGUCCGCCAAGACGGAGACCGAGGCUCCAGCAGCAAGCACGACCUGCUGGGACAAUCUCGACCCGCGGUUGCUCCCUGUGGUCCUCACCGUGUCCCUGGUCUCCAGCGCCAUAUGCUGGUUCUUCCUGCAAUGUCCGUUGCUCAGUGAGAAUGGCAUGGGCCCUCUCAACAUUCUGCGUGUUGGAGCGGCCGUGCCAUUUGUGCUGGCGUUCGGUCUCAUGGCGUUCGCCAGCCAAGUGGACCCAGGCAUGGUUCCGGAAGGGCACCCGGAGCGAGCCAUCGAGCGGUCUUACAAAUCGUCACAGUUUCCGCGGCUCAUACGCCGAUACGACCAUUUUUGCAGAUGGUUACUCAAUGGCAUUGGUUUAUACAAUCACCGGGAGUUCUUCAUGCUGCUAAUGGUCUUCACUGUGAUGGUGACGGGAAGCUCGAUAGUGGACGUCUACCUCCUCGCCGCUUUCUUUCGCCCCGAGCACUGGGUCGUGGAGUGCUUGCUGGCUGCCCAUCUGGCCUACGUUGCAGUAUUUGCGUAUGGUUUACUCCCGAUUGUCCGCCUGCAUGUGGCCUUCGUUUCGAGGAAUGAGCUAGCAAACGAAUGGAAAGAUGACCUGAAUUACGUCGUGGACGAUUUGGAGACGGGCACCUCGAAGUGGGUCGGGGAGCUGGACAUCGAAGAAUUCAACGACAAGUUCGACACAUUCCGCUAUGAACCCACGCGAAAUCGCUGGGACAAGGGCUGGCACAUGAACUGCUACUUGUUCUGGUGUGUCCCAAGAUGGGACAAGCAUCAGACCGGAGAGUUUUAA